AUGCAACUUCUGUCUAUCCUCAGCGCCUUGUCUCUUACUCCUGGCGUGCUCUCUUCUUCGUCUACAGUCUAUAAAGGACUUGUAGCCCGAGAUGGUAGCCGGGGAAAUGAUACUAUCACGGGCCUGGGAGCUCGCAAGCAGGCGGUGCUGGACGCUGGUGGCAAUACUCGCGAUCUAGCAAUUGCGAUGCUGGAGACCAUUGUCAGAUGCCGAUUUCUCACAAUUAUACCCACAGGAGACGGCAAGACCGGCGAUUCCACAAACUUCGGUAUCUUCAAACAAAAUUGGUACAUGCUGCGGCAUUCCGCGUCCGAUUUUCUGGGACAGACCGUGGAUCAGGUUGAUAACGGCGCCAUUCUCAACUCUAACUUGGGCAAAGACGUCAAAGCUCGCCAUGAAGGCGAAGAGAAAUAUGGCUAUGAAACCUGGUUCGCCGGCCACCGCAAUGGAGAGAGUGGGGUGCAGAACCCUGGCACAGACGACAUCAAGGCAUAUAUCGAUGCUGUGGCGUGGAUCCAGGAGCAGAUUGAGAGCGACAAGAAGUAUCAGUCUGACGACACUCGGUUCUGGGUAGACGUUCACGCGAUUUAA